CGCCGACACACGACUUCUGGGAUUCUUCACCACGCGCUCUUAUAAGACACCACACACGAUGUUUUCCCGUUCGCGCGCGUCCUCUUCACUACCCUCCAUCAGCCUUGGCCAUAUGAGCCACGACAAGGCGCGCUACCCGUCGGACGCGAUGGGAGAGGCCUACAAUGGGCCCCAACCUCCGCCGUGUACGCCAGCAGCAUACCCCGACCCGAUUCAGGCGGUGCCCUUGGGCUCGAGCAUCAGCGAGUCGGACCUUCACAACCUGAAUGAGAAGCUGGUCAGCCACAGAACACUGGGUCUGCAGCUGAGAAUGAUUAACUAUGGUUCGCUUUACGUCUUUGGACUCGCCUCCGGUCGUUCCGGCAGGCUGGCCUAUGGGCCCUUCAAAGUAGGCACUACUAGUGGGCCAGCAUCGGUGGCGUAG